AUGCUAUGUUGGAUUACCUUCCAAGAUUUACGCUGGGUGCUGGGAGAAGAAAAGAAAGACAAACUUUUUGUUCAUAAGGUUCCGUUUGAAUUUAACGAGGAAUUAAUAGAAUGCAUUCUCGUGGCAACACAAGGAAGGAAGUACGACACCGCAAUGUGGAAAGAAGAGAAGAGAAUAUACAAUACAACUAGUGUUUACCAUUCGACUAAAGUCGCACCAACGGUAAAGGCGAAUGGUAGUUUGAAUUCUGCGAAGGAAAAGAAGAUAGGACUUCUGAAUAAACAGAAAUCGAAAAAUGUCAGGUAA